AUGUUAGUUAAUCGUCCAUGGUUAAAUGUUCAAUUACCUGAUAUAAAAAAUUUUUCAGUUCCAAUUCGAAUAGCAAAAAUGGCUUUAGCUGCUCGUUUAACUGAUGGAGAAAAAGAUCCAUUAGAUGAAUUAAGUGAUGAUGAUACAAAAAAAGAUAAAAAUUUAUUAGUUAAAAAAAAGAAAAAAACAAAUUCAAUUGAUAUAAUGGAAAUAUUUGCAUUAAAUCCUGAACCAAUAAAAACAUAUUUAUUAGAAACAAAUUCAUCAACAUUGGCUUUUUCAGCAAAACAUAUUCUUAUUCAUGAUAAUAAAAAAUUAAUUUUAUUUGAUUUAAGUAAAAAAAUUCAUGAAUUCGAAUGGAAUGAUAAUGAUUAUGGUAUAUUGGUUGAUAUAUGUUGGAUGUCAUCAUUAUCAUUAUUUGUUAUAUUAACAAUUAAUUCUGUAUAUUUAUAUGAUCCAUCAAAAAGUAUUGGAAGUGUUCCAGUUAAAGUUGAUUCAAUAA